GGCCAGUUUUGACGCGACUGGUUUAAUCGGACGUGGUAGGUUUCAGACCGUUCAAAACAUCUCUUGCUGUUCUACCCCUCAACCCCAUCGACGUCACUCAAAUCUUCUUCUUUUUUCUUUCUCAUUUUGGACUUCCCAGAAAAAAAUAGACCAUAUUAAUGAGAGCCCAUAAUUCCAACAAAAUAGAGGUGAUGGCCAAUUAUUUUAUUCAUUCAUCAGCUCCAUACUCUCUGUAAACAUCUCCUCCACACUCUCCAUCUCUCUCUGACUGUUAGUCUUCCAAUUCAUCCAUCGCUUGGGGACUGUCAUUGGGUUAAUUUGCAGGUAACUCCAGUAUAUGAGUCUCUCUCUCUCUCUCUCUCCAACUCUCUCCGACUGUUAGUCUUCCAACUCAUCCAUCGCUUGGGGAGUGUCAUUGGGUUAAUUUGCAAGCAACUCCAGUAUGUUAGUCUCUCUCGCUCUCUCUCUCUGUUUUACCAUGCUGCAAAGUUUUUGGAUCAAGUAACUAGACUCACUUGAUCACAUCACAUGGGAGAAGACAUUAAAAGGAGUCUCUUGGUAAAAGAGACAAGUGCCGGGGAAGAAGAGACUAGAGUUAUUGAUGGCGAAGAGGAAUUGUCACUGAAAAGAAGGGUAUGGAUUGAAAUCAAGAAGAUGUGGCUGGUGGCUGGCCCUGCUAUAUUCACCAGAGUUGCGUCUUUCGGAACAAAUGUCGUCAGUCAAGCGUUUAUCGGUCACAUUGGCUCUCUGGAGUUAGCGGCUUUUUCACUCGUGUUCACAGUACUUGUCAGGUUCGGAAACGGCAUCUUGCUUGGCAUGGCAAGUGCGCUGGAAACUCUCUGUGGUCAAUCGUAUGGUGCAAAACAGUACAACAUGCUCGGGAUACAUCUUCAGAGGUCAUGGAUAGUACUGUGUGUAGGCACAUUAUUCCUUAUUCCUCUUUUCGUCUUUACAACCCCCAUUUUUGAGGCUUUGGGCCAAGCAGACAAUAUUUCAGAAGUUGCAGGAUAUAUUUCUCUAUGGGUAAUCCCUGUGCUUUUUGCCUUUGUUGUAUCAUUUACCUGCCAAAUGUACUUACAAGCGCAAAGCAAAAAUAUGAUCGUUGCAUAUGUGUCAGCGGUUUCAAUUGGAAUCCACAUCUUUCUUUGCUGGCUUUUGAGUGUGAAAUUUAAGUUUGGGGUUCCCGGUGUGUUGGUGUCGACGAUUAUAUCAUAUUGGUUACCCAACGUGGGUCAGCUUUUGUUUAUUCUGUGUGGUGGAUGCCCCGAAACAUGGACAGGCUUCUCAAUGUUAGCUUUUACUGAUCUCUGGGAUGUCGUCAAGCUUUCUCUGUCAUCCGGCGUUAUGCUUUGUCUUGAGCUUUGGUACAACACAAUCUUGGUCCUUUUAACGGGAAACAUGGAAAGCGCUGAAGUUUCUAUCGAUGCCCUAUCUAUUUGCCUCAACAUCGUGGGGUGGGAAAUGAUGAUAUCUCUCGGUUUCCUGGCUACAGCAAGUGUACGAGUGUCGAACGAGCUUGGAAGAGGUAGCUCAAAGGCGGCAAAGUUCUCGAUUGUGGUUAUUGUGUCGGUAUCACUCUCCAUUGGAUUGGUGCUUUUCGUGCUUUUCUUAUUCUUGAGGAAAAAACUUGCGUACAUUUUCACCAACGAUGAGGCUGUAGCUGACAUGGUUGCUGAAUUGUCUCCUUUGUUGGCCUUCUCCAUACUGUUGAACAGCGUUCAACCCGUGCUCUCUGGAGUUGCUCUGGGAGCUGGAUGGCAGAAAUAUGUAGCAUAUGUGAACCUAGGCUGCUAUUACGUUAUAGGGAUCCCUGUUGGAGUUGUGCUUGGUUGGCCUCUAAAAAUGCAAGUCAAAGGUGUUUGGAUUGGAAUGUUGUUUGGAACAUUAGUCCAAACUAUUGUGCUAAUGAUACUCACCUACAAGACUGAUUGGGAUAAACAGGUAGAUAUAGCUCGUAACCGCGUUAGCAGGUGGGGUCGAACAAAUAACGAAGAAUCGAAUCCCGACACAUGAAGAAAUGUCUGAUUUUUAUCGUCCUUCAAUUGUUCUAGUCCCACCACGAGAAAGACGCACAGAAGUAACACUUCGUGCGAGCAGAGGAUCUUUUGAGGGUUAAUUGUGUUUUCCAUUUUGCCCUUCAUUUUUAUUUGAUUCAAAUGACUUUCGUUAUGAAAUUGAGGGACAUUAGAGCAUUCUCAACAGAGUGGAGUCAAGGACUCCAGAUACCGCUAAACCAAAUAGUCAUUUGCAUUUUUCGGCGGUAAAUAAAGUGGCCAUUGGCGUUUUUUUGUCGACAAA